AAUGACCAAGCCAUGACUGGCAGCCGUACUGUCACAUAGCAGCUAGCAUUUAUCAUUUGGAUCAUCCAGUUGGAUCAAUACAUUUUCUUUUUCUUUUUUUUUUUUUUUCAGCCUGCUGGAAGCCACCAGACAGGACCCGUCAUUUGCCCUCCAGAGCACCUGAAACAUGGCACAGGUCCAGAGGAUGCAGAAGAAGACCAGCUCCAUGUCUCUGACCAUCUCCUCCGCCACCUCCACCUCCUCGUCUGCAACCGCCUCUCGAGAGCUGUCCUCCUGCUCCUCUAGCUGCUCCUCUUCCUCCCUCGCUCAGAGGCACUCCAGCCUGGUGCAGCCACUGUGUAUUAGUGCUCAGAGGACUCAGAGCCCCGUCUACAAUCAGCAGUAUUCAGGGCAUGGAGUGCCUCCCACGUUUGUUAAGUGUCUCCAUGAUGUGUCAGCAGUGAAGGGUCAGCUGGUGGUCCUGGAGUGCAGACUGAGGGGGACCCCUCCGCUGCAGGUCAUGUGGUACAGAGAAGAUGAGCAAAUUCUGGACUCUGAUGAUUUUCGGAUACUGCGCAAGAAGGCCAGUUCUGCAUCAGUACCAGAGGAGCUGUGCACACUGGUAAUCACAGAGGCUUUUCCCGAAGACUCCGGCCUGUUUAAAUGUGUGGUCCUCAACAACUUUGGCACAGUCUCCUGCUCUGCUAUGCUGGAGGUUUACAACGACCUGGAGGAGCAGCUGGAGGUCGAGGCCAUUCGGCAGCAGGAAGCAGUUUCUGAAAGGGAAGUAAAAGAGGCAGAAUUCCAGGAGGAGUCUUUGUCCUCCAUGAAGACCUGUGAGGACUUUCCUCCUGUGCUGCCUGACUCUAUGAACCUUCCUCCUCCGGAGUGGCCUGACAGUCCUUUAGAAGUCCACAUCCCUGUUGCAGAUCUCCCCGAGCCUCAGCCCACCAACCACUCUGCUGACGAUCCUUUCAGUCGCAGCGAGGAGGAGAAUGUCCUGAGCUCAGAGGGCCACAGAUCACCAGGGGUCUCCAUCCGAGUCUGUACACCCAGUCCUCCUCCUCCACCCUCACCACCUCCUGCACAAGUCAAGGAGAAAGCCCCAACACCCAAGCUGUUCACGCCAAGCAAGCUCAGUUUCACCGUGAGCAUUGCUGAUGCACAUUAUUCUAACACAACAGAAAAGUUGCUGCUGUCCAUCAUUUCACCCGAUUUUGUGUAA